AUAUAAAGCUACAAAAUGCACCCAUCUAUUUGCAAACACUUUUUGCAAAAAAAGGUUUUUCGUGGUCAUUGCUAAAAAAUGUGUCUGCCCCGGUCAUUAUCAGUCAUAAAACGCAGUGUGCUAUUAUAAGGUACGAUGCUCGAAAGCAAAAAUGUGACUUUCUAUGCAAUUUUGUUGUUGUUCUUUUGAUAGUUUUGAUAUGUGUUCUGCUUCAUUUUGGAUCUAAAUACACAACUAUAAUCAACUAUAAUUAUUUUAUUUUGAAUUGUUUUGGAGGUGUGUGUGGUUAGAUGUGAGCUAACAUGACGAGGUUAAGGAAUUCGGACCUCAAAAUGAGUCGAAACACUUUAGAACAAUUAACCUGCUGGUGUGUAGCUGUGAGAUUAUUUAUAGAGUCAUUACAUUACUCAAGGCCACCUUGCUUUAGUGUCAUUACUUCGCCCAAAUUUUUUAGAUUUUGACCCCCUUUUCAAGCAUGAAUGGUCGUAAUUGGUCGUCUUGUAAACAACUUGGUGUCUAUAUGCUCAACUCUGUUUGGUACAACAUGGGAAGAACAGUAACUCCUAGCCCACUUCAAGCUUGUUUACGUUGACUGUGUUGGCGUGUCCUGCCAGCUGUGUUGUCGUCUGUUGCAGCUAUUGGUCUUACAGAUUUUCACUUGGAUUGACUUUAUGAAGACAUCAAAUUCACAAGACCCUCGUGACUGCAUCUGCCAAUUCUCCAGACGAGGUUUUUUUUUUACAAAAGGAUGCAAAUGAGCAGUUUGAGUGGAGACAAAAAAGAUUUGAUCAUACUUGCGUCUUCUCGGCAUUGACUCUGCAUCUGGGGAAAGCAACACAGCGACCUAAACAAAAACUCCAAAUAGAGCGGAAGAGGACACGGUUCGUGGAGUACCAAAUAGACAGCAGGAUUGUGUACGGAGAGGCAUUCAAGUUCCUUCUAGGGGUAAGCACUGAUAAACUCACUGCUUUGAAACGCCAUUUUCUGGCACAUGGGAGAGAACCUCGCACAAAGACAAGGGGAGGACGCACAAAGCUGGCCUUCACUGCGGAAGACACCUCGAGGGCCCUCAAGUUUCUCCACACCUGUGCUGAGCAGCAUGCCCUUGGCCUACCAGGGAGGAUGCCAGGAUUCAAAAACUGGAAUGUCCAUCUCCUUCCUUCCUCCAUGACCUACAAGAGUGUUUGAGGAGAAUAUUAUAAUGACACCAAACAAGCUGAUUCUAAAUUGGAGGCCCUGGAAAUUCAGUGUGGCCUCCUCCAGCUGGUUCAGGCUGGGCGUGCCAAGUACCGGGAAGAGGUGGCAAAGGCCAAGGCUGUUGUCUCCCAGCAUGUCCUACAAGGUCAACUACCUCAUUGACGAGGGUGUGUUGGUAGGCAAGGGAAGCAACACAGUGAUCUCACUCCUCCAUCACUUCUUCGAGACUCAUGGGCUUGGGGAGUCAGCAGUAUCACUACAUUGUGAUAACUGCUCAGGCAAAAAUAAAAAUGGGUUUGUUCUGGCGUACUUAAGACGGAGGGUUCUGAGGGGCCUUCACACAGAAAUCACCCUGAACUUCAUGAUUGCUGGCCACACCAAGUUCUCGCCAGAUCUGUGCUUUGGCCUCCUCAAGAGGAAGUUCCAGCAGGCUGAGGUUCAUUGUCUGGAGGGUAUGUGCAGAGUGGUGGAGGAAAGUUCAUCGGUCAAUGUGCCUCAACUGGUUGAAACUGAGGAUUGAACUGUCUCUGUACUGACGUACAACUGGCAGACCUUCCUGGCCGACUUUCGUACCGUGCCAGGCAUGAAAAAAAUACAUUAUUUUUGUUUUGCUGCUGACCAUCCUGGUGUAGUCAAACAUGCUGAAAGCUUUGGGGAUCCUCUUGUCUCAAUGACACUCUUACGAGGAACAAUGAAACAAGGUUUCCUCUCCAUAUUGCCUGCACCAGGACUGUCACAGCAGAGAAGGGAGUAUCUGUAUAACUCCAUUAGGGAAUUUGUUACUGAUAAUAAGAAGGACAUCACCUGCCCUCCUCCAUAAUCAUUUAUUGCAUGUUAAAAUUUUUGUUGAUUGUAUUGUACCAACAGUAACUGUAAUGAUUAGCUUUUAUGUGUGUGGGCGUGUGUCUGCCGUCGUAAGGGAAAACGAUGAAUGGUCCUGCGCUGGUAGCGAGGCAAAUUUUUCA